AAAUGACUUAUUCUCAAUUCAAAAACUGCACUAAUAUCACUGAGCUCUUCUCUUUUUUCCCUCUAAGUCAUCUAGCUGCAGCAGAGGAUGAGCAGGCCGGGGGACUGGAACUGCAGGUCAUGCCAGCACCUCAACUUUCAAAGGAGGGAUUCGUGCCAGCGCUGUGGGGAGCCGAGACCAGGGGAGCGAGGGGACUAUGGAAGCUUUGGCGGCAGAAGUGGGUCGUCCUUUGGAUUCAGUACUGGUCCUGAUGUCAGGCCUGGUGACUGGUACUGCACUAUGGGCAACUGCGGAGCUCACAACUUUGCUAGCCGCUCUAACUGCUUCAAGUGCGGUGCUGCCAAGGAUGAAUCUUCAUCAGGUGGCGACAUGCCGCGUAUGAGGGGGUUUGGCUUUGGCAGUAGUAGUGGCAGCACCAGUCGCUCUGUCUGGAAAUCUGGUGACUGGUUCUGCACAAGGCCGGGUUGCAAUGAGCAUAACUUUGCUAGCAGGACGGAAUGUUUCAAAUGCAAUGCACCAAGGGACUCCAGCAGCAAAUCUUCUUAUUGAUCUAUUUUCCAUUAAUUUUAAGGUCCUGAAAUCCAAGAGGAGAUCGAUCAACACAGACGAUAUCCCCUAUGCCUUCCUCCUAGCAAGAUAUAUUCCUCAUUUUGCACUCUGAUCGAGCUGCAACUUCCUUUUCUUUCUUUCUUUCUUUCUUUUCCUUUUAUUUUAGGUAUAUUGCGCAAUCAUCUCUUUCCUCUUCUAGGGUUUCCCUAUAUGAAUUGUGUUUGAGACUUUUCAUUUCAAU